GUAAAGAGAAGGAAGCUCCUUGGCACAUACUAAAUGAAAACCAGCUUAAGUAAUCUAGAGAUUCAAGAGUUACAGUGACUGGCCAGAUGCAAACAUGAACAACUCGUCUUACUUCAGCUCUAACAGCACAGGCUUGGGAGACAUAGAGGCUACCGUGGGGAGAACUGUGGUGUGCAUCAUCCUGUCUGUGUGCUUUGUGGUGGGGACUCCAGGGAACCUGCUGGUUGUGUGGACCAUCAUGAGGCACGUAAGGCACCGCUCUCAUACCCUGCUGCUCAUCAUGCACCUGGCUGUUGCUGAUUUGCUGGUACUUGUGACUCUGCCUCUGUGGAUCUACUCGCUGUCUUGGUCCUGGGUUUUUGGUGAGGUUGCGUGCAAGGCCAUGGCAUAUGUAAUCUAUACCUGCAUGUAUGCUAGUGUUUUUCUGAUCACUAUUAUGAGUGUGGAGCGAUAUUUGGCUGUCAGGUACCCCUUUAAGAUGAUGCACUGGAAAAACAGCAAUGCUAUGAAGCUAAUCCUGGUUGGGGAUUGGACCCUAGCACUCCUUCUAGGACUGCCAGCUAUUUUUACCCGGUCUCUUGAGAGUAUAGAUGGUGUUCAGCACUGCUUAUACUCAGAGUUUGGUUCAGUGACUCUGGAGGUCUUUUGUACAUGUUUGGAGACAUUGAUCGGCUUUGUCAUCCCAUUUCUCACUCUGGCGGUAUGCUAUGUCAUGGUGGCUUCACAACUUCACCAGAUGCAAAGAGUAAAUAAACAGAAAUCUGCCUUUCUCAUCAGUGGGGUGGUGGUGGCCUUUGCUCUGUGCUGGUUGCCCCAUCAUAUUAUGAAUGUCAUUAAUGUAGCACAACUGCUUGGAGCAUACUCAGGAACACUGGAAAAAGUUUCAGAAGCAGGAGGGAUCAUCUCUGGAGCGCUGACAUUCAUUAGCAGCUCAGUGAAUCCAAUGCUUUAUGCCUUUGCUGCCAGAAACUUCCAGGGAAGUCUGAGGAACUCAGGACUGGCCAGACUUUUUCAGGAAAUUGCUUCACAUGCUGUUCAAUCAAAAGGGACUGAGCUCCAAACUUUUGACUCUUUGGAACAGGACGCACUUAAAAAAGAAACUGCGGCAGAUGUUUAAGUCGUGCUGGAUGAAUUCUGACUUGAACAGUGUUUCGAGACUUGGAUUGCAUCACAUACUGAGAACUGUUAUAAUAAUUCAUUAAUUCAAUAUAUGAUGUUAUUUAAUUCUUAUUAAUUCACUCUUUUGAGUAAAUGAAUAAAUUCUACUAUUUAAGUUUCUUUAUUAACAACUUUUUUCACACCUGAACUUUGUGACUCAGCACUCUAAGCCAGCUAAAGGAAGUUCUCAUGAGAACUGCAUGUAGUAAACAUCAUGUGUCCAGACUAGACACAAAUUGUGGUUAGGGAGAUUUUACAGUAGUUCUGCCUGGACCUUCUCACGCCUUACAAGUAAACAAAUAAAAAUAUCAAGCACAAAAUUCA